CAUAACGUAGGAAAUGUCCUUCUAAACUAUUUUAUGAUGUGUUUUCUGUAUGGAAAAAUGCGCACGUUUUCCCCUUCCCCAACAACCUACGUUGCGUCUAUAAAAGAAGCCCGUCUGGCGCAUCCCCCCACCCUCUACACUCACAUUGCUCUUGUGUAUUUAGCUGCUCAAGACUUAGCGCUAGUACAAAGAACUCCAUCAUUUUCUUCCAACUUGACAUCAGUGCCAGCAUGUUUUCACCUGCCUCUCUUUUCGUCGGCGCACUGUUGGCCACGGCCACUGCGGUUCAAGCUUUCCCAUCCGGCAUGAUCUCCAAUCAGCACCGCCUGCACGCGCGUCAGAACAUCCAACCUGCUCUGGACCCCUCUUGCGAUGCCAUCUUUGGCACGUCAAGCAACGAGACCUUUUCACGCAACCUAUUUGUUGCCGGCGACGCGUGGCUGCAGGGCUUUACCGCUCCAGUCAACGCUUCGAUCUGUUCGUUGUCGUUUGAGGUUGUUCCACUUCAAAGUGGUGCGGCUGCUACUGCCACUUUGAGCUUGUAUGACUCUUCGGUGCCCCAGAAUCUCAUUGUUGCCGGUGAAGCUACCCCGUUCGUUAGCUCCGUUGCUACUACCAAGGGAGACCGUCUUGUUUUCGUCUUUUGCGGCAAUGACUCGCGCCCCAUCAUCGCCGAUGACACGAUCGCCCUCACCAUCAACCUCACCUCUGUCAACGUUCCUGGUGUUCCUCUCACCCUCGGCUUCCAGCGCUCCGAUGCCUUUGGUGUCUUCUUGGGUCCUUCCUACCCUGGUCCACUCAACGUCUUGAACGAAGGUCUUGUCUUCAACCUUACCACAUCCGACACUCCCGCCGUCUGUCUUGCCCCAGAGCCUUCGACCACUAGCACUGCGACCACCACCGCCACUGCUACCGCAACGACAGUGACCACCACCACCGUGGCCACCACAACUGUCGCGACCACCAAGCCUGCCACCAAGACAACCUCGACCACUACUUCUCCUAGCUCCACCCCCACUCCUGGAGCAUGCACCGGUGACUGCUCUAGCUGUCGCGAAACGGCCUGGGAUUCCUGCCCGAACGCAAAGGCCUACACUGACUGUGUAAAGUCCCCCACUCUUUCUCUCUGCUACCGCCUAGCCUGCGCACCCAACCAAAAGAACCGCCAAGCUUAUCUCGACCAGUGCGAGCAGCUCGAAAUCUGGGCUCGCUUCACCCACGAUGACGACAUUCCCGGCGGCUGGUAAAAACCUUUUAUGAUGUAAAUUUAACACUGUGAUUAUGUGUUUCUUUGUGGUUUAAUGGGUGGAAAAAAAAACCGAGGUUAUAUAGCGUCCUGCCUUAGAUGGGAUGUCUGUAAUUAUAUGUGCGAUAUCGAAGGAAAUGGAACGAGCUGAUGGUUAUAGUCUUUAGUGAAAUAUAAACAAAAAGGAGCUAUUCCUUAAAUAUAUUUGCUUGCAAUGA